AAUGGCAUAUCAAUAACCCUUUUAUAUGACUUCACCAUAAAGACCUCAACCUACAAUACAAGGUUAUUAUCCACAACCUAUUGUUCAAUCAAGACAACCAUAAUCAUAUCCUCCAAAAAUUUCUUAGGUUAAUUUGAAUAUCUAUUAUUAUUUUAGGGUUAUUGUUAGCCAUAAUACUAAUAACCCACUCUUCCAGUUAAAUAAUAACCAGUAACUUUAUAAUAGCAACCUCAAAGAGUUCAAUAUUAAUAGCCACCAUUUGGUUACUCAUCUAUACCAUAUUAACAAACACCUAAUAAUACACAAAAUGCUCAACGUCCUACUUAAAUUUAUAAUCCUCCAUAUUAGCCUGUAUUUUAAAUUUAUAUUAUUUUAUAGCAAUGUCGAUAACCAGUUUAAUAAUAAGUAUAUCAAAGAAAUGUUCAACAACCUUAUCCCCAAACUUAUUAACCUCCUUAACGGACAUUUUAACAGCCAUAACCUUCAUAUUAAUAAUCAUAAUCUUAACCAUAGUAUUAACAAUAAUUAGUUUAAUAAUCUAUCUAAAAUAAAUAUGUUCAACCACCUAAUUAAUCAAGACCUCAAUAGGUGCCUUAAUAAAGACUUGCUGAAUAUAUAUAACCAUAGUAAUAGAGACCAUAAUAGAAUGAAUAGAAAGAUUAAGAUUUAGAAAAGAAAUUUAAAGAUGCAAUUGAUAAAACAAAAGAUUUAGUUUAGAGAUACUAAAAUCCAUAAUAACCACAAAAGUAGCCAACUGAUAAUAAUGAUUAAGAAUAAUAAUUAUAAGAACUUGCACUUUAAUAUGAAGAUGGAUAUAUAUAUAGAGGUUAGGGAUAUGAACCAGCUACAAGAGAAGGAUUUGGAAUAUUGACAGAUUAAAAUGAUAAUGAAGUAUACAAUGGUUAUUGGCAUGAUAAUUAAUAUCAUGGAUAAGGCAAAUUAAUAAAUUUCUAAGCAGAAUAAAUUGAUGGACCAUUUGAUUAUUAGGAUUUGAGUGGAAUUGAAAAUGGUUGGUUAGGAUAUGAAGGUAAUUAAUGAUAAUAUUUCAAAGGUGAAUUUUUGGAAGGAAAGAUGCAUGGAUCUGGUAUACUUUAAUUAACAAAUGGUGAAAAAUUUGAAGGUACAUUUAAUGAUGGUAUGAUUGAUGGAGAAGGAGUUUAUUCUACAAUUAAUGGAUAAAUUAUUAAAGGAAUAUGGAAAGAAGGCAUAUUAACAAAUUAUAAUUGA